AUGUUUUAUGUGAUUUUUCUAUUCACAAUCAUCAACGGGUUGCUCUAUGUCCUUAUUUAUAAGCUCUUGUCCUUGAUCAACUCCUCGUUCCUCUACGUAGCUGCUGCGGGAUUCUCUGGAGUGAUUUUUUCUCUUCUUCUUGUCAUGACCUAUGUGAUUGAUGUGGAUACUUUAUCAAUCUUUGGUCUGUUUUCUGUUCCUCGGAAGUGGUACGCAAUCAUCUACCUCAUUCUGAUGUCCGUGCUUAUCCCAGGCGUCAGUUUCAUCGGACAUCUCUGUGGCAUUCUCUCAGGCUAUCUAUUUGUCUUUGGAUAUCUGAACUGGGCCAUUCCCAUGCACUGCCUGGUGGCUAUGGAGAAAGGUUUCAUAGGCUCGGUGCUCAAGAAAUCGAAUGCCUUUGUAUAUAUCCCAGAGCAGUCUGUAAUGAGUAGAUUUAUAUUCCUGAACUUCAUGAAAUGA